AUGUUAUCGGCACUACAGAGAAACGGCAAAAAUUCUUUAACAUUUGAAAGUGUUGUUUGUUCACAAUUAGAAUUACAAAGACGUGCUGCGUCGUUUUCCCAUCGUCGAAAUACAAUGUGUCGAGGAUCAUCACAAUGUCCGUUGUCAUCAUCAUCGUCAUCGUCUAACCGGUUUUCUGCGUCAUUGAAUCGAAUUAUGUUACUGUCACCUAUUCCAUCUCCACCGCCAACACCUUAUCCAAGCAGUCGGACGUCGACAUCCGAUGGUAGCACAAUGCAAUUUAUGAAGACAAGAAAUUCUUGUGCUAGUAAACGUAGGCGAACAUCAUCGGCACAUUCUAUUAUUGGUAAUCGAAUGGAAAGUAUAAUAGAUCGACAAUCACUUGGCUCACUAUUUAAUUGGGAUGCAACAUCAAGAAAUGCAGCGGGCAAAAAAAAUGGCUCAAGAUGGAGUAUUGAUUUUCCUAAAGAAACGCCAUUCUAUUGGAGUUUAAGAUCACGUUUGAUUGAAGAAUAUACUGAAUCAGAAUCUCUACUUGAAUUUGCUAAAAAAACUGUUCUAGUACUUAUGAAAACAAAAGAAGCAACAGGUUUUCUGUGUGUUAUUCUUGUUCUUCCAAUUAUAAUGAUGGGAAUUGGCGUUAGCCAUUUAGGUGAUUGUCCACGUCAAACAAAUUUGCCAAUUUAUUUAUUUGUAGCUGGUAUCGUAUCGACUACAAAGCUUCUUCAGAGUAUUUGGCAUAAAUAUCGUUUACAACAGAAACGUCUAACUGAUGAAGAAACAUCAUCGAAUCAUAAUGAUGGCCAUGCAUUUAUUGAUGGUCUAAUGACAUCAUUUCUUGUCAUUUGGUUUUUCUUUGGUCAAUACUGGUUUCUAACUAUAGGAUAUCCGCCGCAUUUUGAACAACUUUUAGAAGAUCCCGAUAUUUGGUGUCAUAAAACUGUUGUGUAUUGUGCAUUAGCGUCAAUAGUUAUUUCUUAUUUUCUAUUGAUCGCUUUUAUUGGUGUUGUCCUAUUUCUUGUGUUUUUUACUCGAUAUACAAUUAUUAAACGAGCGUCAGCACGUUGA